UAUGUGUGGCUUACAUUAAUAUCAUUCAUUUUUAGAAACCAAAAAACAUAUAAUUCAUUUUCUACUUCUAAUUUCACUCAUUCAUAAGAAACUUCAUCUUUCUUUCAAAUAUAUGUUGCUGUGCUUCCUCUAAGUCUUUCUUUUCCAGAUCUCUCUGCAGCUUCAGUUUAUUCCACACAAUUUAUUCAAAUCUCAGUUUGUGUUUUUGAUAAAGAAAAUUGGUUUGUUAGCUCUCGCACUUUCAGUGAGCCUCUCACAAUAUCAUGGCAGAGCUGAUUGCUGGAGCAUUUCUUUCUUCUUUCUUUCAAUUCACUUUUGAGAGGCUUACAUCAAAAGACUUCAAAGACAUCUUCCAUAAAGGGUUGGUGAAAAAACUUGAAAUCACACUGAAUUCUAUCAAUCAAUUGUUGGAUGAUGCAGAGACAAAGCAAUACCAAAACUCACACGUGAAGAAUUGGCUUGAUGAGGUAAAACAUGAGGUAUAUGAAGUAGAUCAUCUGUUAGAUGAAAUUGCACUAGAACAACGAAAGAGCAAGGCGAAACGCUUCUUUUCAACUUUGACUAAUCCAUUUGAAUCUAGGAUCAAAGAUUUGCUAGGCAACCUAAACUUUCUUGCAGAGCAAAAGGAUGUGUUGGGAUUGAAAGAAGGAAGGUUUGCUCGUAAUGAACUUGAAGUCGGGCCAAAAUCUUCGAUAACAAUUCCAAUGACAUCUUUGGUGGAUGAAUCCAGCAUAUGUGGUAGAAAGGGUGAUAAAGAGAAAAUUAUUAAUUUUCUACUUUUAGAUAAUGGUAGUAGCAACCAUGCACCAAUAAUCAGUAUAGUUGGUCUUGGUGGGAUGGGUAAGACAACCCUUGCUCAACUUGUGUACAACGACCACAUGAUUCAGAAGAGCUUUGAUCUUAGAGCUUGGGUCUAUGUUUCAGAAUCUUUUGAUGUUGUUGGACUCACUAAAGCAAUUCACGAGUCAUUUGGUUGUUCACCAACCAGUGAAAACUUGGAAACACUUCAACGUCAAUUGCAGGAGAAGCUAACAGGAAAGAAAUAUUUGCUUGUUCUGGAUGAUGUCUGGAACGGAAAUGUGGAAGUUUGGGAGCGUUUUCUACUUCCUUUUAACAAAGGAUCUUCUGGAAGUAAGAUUAUUGUGACAACAAGGGACAAGGAGAUUGCAAACUCCAUGAAAUCCUCGAUGUUGCUUGAUUUAGAGCGACUGGGGGAGAGUGAUUCUUGGAGUUUAUUUGUGAAACUUGCAUUUCAUAACCGAAAUGUGAGUGAAUAUCCAAUUCUUGAAUCAAUUGGCAAGAAUAUUGUAGUCAAGUGUGGAGGGUUGCCAUUAGCGGUAAAAACAUUGGGGAACCUCUUGCAAAAACAAUUCUCUAAAAGUCAAUGGGAAAAGAUAUUGAAGACUGAUUUGUGGUGUUUAUCAGAGCGUGACAGUAACAUAAAUCCAGUAUUGAGAUUGAGUUACCAUAAUCUUCCUUCUAAUAUGAAGCGUUGUUUUGCUUACUGUUCCAUAUUUCCAAAGGGUUAUAAGUUUGAGAAGAACAAAUUAAUCAAUCUUUGGAAGGCAGAAGGUUUGCUAAAUUGUUGCAGAGGACACAAAAGUGAAGAAGAGUUGGGUAAUGAGUUAUUCAAUGAUCUAGAGUCAAUUUCAUUUUUCCAACAAUCACUAUAUUUUGAGGAGAUCAGAUUCGUCAUGCAUGAUCUUGUCAAUGAUCUGGCGAAAUCAGAGUCCCUAAAAUUUUGCUUACAAAUUGAUGAGGGUGAUAAGGUGCAAGAUAUAUGUGAAAAGACACGUCACAUUUGGUGCUCUCUUGAUUUGAAUGAUGAUGCUAGAAUAUCAAAGAAAAUUUGUAAGAUUAAAGGAUUACGCAGCCUGUUGGUAGAAAGACGAGGUUAUAAUGGCAAACACAUCAUAAGCAACCAGUUGCAACGUGAUAUAUUUUCAAAACUAAAAUAUUUGCGGAUGUUGUCAUUUCGUGGUUGUGAACUCACAGAGCUAGCAGAUGAGAUAGGCAAUUUAAAGCUUUUGCGCUAUCUAGACCUGACAUGGACAAAGAUUAAAAGCUUACCUGAUUCUAUUAGUGAGCUCUAUAAUUUAGAGACUCUAGUAUUGGAAGGAACUGAUAUAAAGAAGAUGCCAAAGAAGAUAGGUAGGCUAAACCAUCUUCAAACGCUGAGUCAUUUUGUUGUGGCAGAGAAUAGUGGGUCUGAUAUUAAGGAGUUGGAUAAUCUCAAUCUUCUUCAAGGAAAACUUUGUGUUUCAGGGUUGAAACAUGUCAUUAAUCCCGCAAAUGCUGCAAAAGCAAAUAUGAAAGAUAAGAAGCAUCUCGAAGAAUUAAUUAUGCAAUAUAGUGACAGUUUCGAAGUCAAUAAUAAUGGAAGAGAAUUGGAUGUGUUGGAGGCUCUUGAACCAAAUAGCAACUUGAAGAAACUCAGCAUUGAAAACUACAAUGGCAACCACUUUCCAAAUUGGCUAAGGGAUUGUGAUUUACCCAACUUAGUAUCUCUUAAACUGAAGGGGUGUGGAUUAUGUUCUCAAUUGCCGCCACUUGGUCAACUUCCUUGUCUUAAGGAGCUUUCCAUUUCACGUUGUCCCGAAUUGAAAAGAAUUCCGCCGGAACACCUUCCUUCUUUACAGACAUUGUACAUUUAUGAAUGCAACAAGUUGGAGGAAUGUUUAUGUCUUGAAGGAUCUCCUUUGCUUAAAGAGGUUUCUAUAGAAGAAUGUUCCAAAUUGAAAAGGGCCCCCUUGCCUCAACACCUUCCUUUACAAAAAUUGAAGAUUGAUAAUUGUGAAAUGAUGGAGAUAUCAAUCCCUAAGGGUGAUAGUAUGAUAGAGUUAGUUCUACAGAGAUGUGAUCGGAUUUUGGUAAAUGGUGGAUUGUCGUCUAGGUUGAAAAUGUUUGUCCUUCGGGGAAAUCGGUACGUCGAGUUCUCCGAUGAGCAAAAUUUAGUAAACUGUACCGAUCUUGAAGAGUUGUGCUUUGAUUUAAGAGGCUUUGUUGUAAAACGUCCCUCUUUAGAUCUGCGUUGCUAUAAUUCUCUUUGUUCUCUUUUAAUAAAAGGAUGGGACUCCUUGCCUUUUUCACUACAUCUGUUCACCAAUCUUAAAUCUCUCUAUUUGUACGAUUGCCCACAGCUGGAAUCAUUUCCAAUUGGAGGUUUGCCUUCCAACUUGAUAUAUCUUAUAAUAUCCAAUUGCCCAAAACUGAUUGGUUCGAGAGAGGAGUGGGGUUUGUUCCAACUCAAUUCUUUGAAAUACUUCACAAUUAGAGAUCGUGAGUUUGAAAACGUGGAGUCCUUCCCAGAGGAGAAUCUGCUGCCACCAACUCUUGAGGAUCUUAGUUUGUAUAAUUGUUCAAAGCUAAGAAUAAUGAACAACAAGGGUUUUCUCCACCUCAAUUCUCUCCGAGAUCUAACUAUUGUCAACUGCCCUAGUCUUGAGAGCUUGCCAGAGGAGGGUCUACCCAGUUCUCAAUUGUCCAUUGUUGAUUGUCCAUUAAUUAGGGAGAAGUACAAAAAGGAGGGAGGAGAGCGUUGGGAUACAAUUCGUCACAUCCCGAAAGUGAAGAUUGACCGGAUUGAGCAGCACGAAUGAGAUGUGGCCCCAG